UUUUAUGGCUUUCUGCUUAUAAUGGAAGGGUCUUAAGCUUAUUCUGUUUCUCUCUCUGCUUUUAUUUUCUCUGCACUUCGUGCAUUUUAGCCUGCAAUAUUUGAAAGCAGUAAUCGAUCUUCUUUUCUUUGUCUACUCUGCAACUCUACCAAGUUUUACUCCUGUUUUCUGGCUUACACCAUUAUUUGAGCUUUAGAAGAGGCUAUCUUGAGAAGCUUUGAGUUCUGAUGUCUCCGCUGUUGCUUGGUGUGGAGGAGGAAGGGCAGACUAGGGUUUCUUCUCCAUCUGUUGAAUGUAUCUCCCAAAAUGGCUUGGGGAUAAGGGAGUGGAAUUAUCUUGGAUUAUCAGAUUUUUGUUCAGUUGACAGCUCCGGUGUCCCGGAUGAUAAUGGGAAUAACCUGAAUUUGAAAGCCACAGAGCUGAGGCUUGGUCUUCCUGGAUCCCAGUCCCCUGAGAGAGAAACUGAGCUUUGCUUUCUAAACUCGGGAAAACUUGAUGAGAAGACACUGUUUCCUCUACUUCCUUCUAAAGAUGGAAUCUGCUCAUCAUCCCAGAAAAGUGUUGUUACUGGAAACAAAAGGGGAUUCUCUGAGGUGAAAGGCACCAUAUACACUGAAAAAAAAUGGAUGGGUUCUGGAGCUGUUCCGGAUUCUCAAUAUCUGCAACCUGUGUCACAUGGAAAAUACUCUGUAGCUCAAGCAUCUGUAAAGAAAGACGGGCCUGCAAAUGAGAUACAAGAACAGCCUUGCACCAGUAAUGGAACCAAAGUCAACCGAACUGACAUUUCUAACAACAGCAGUGCACCUACUGCCAACAGGGCUCAGGUUGUUGGUUGGCCUCCAAUAAGAUCAUUUAGGACUAAAACACUGACCACUUCUUCAAAAAACAAUGACGAAGUUGAUGGAAAACCGGGACCUGGUACUCUUUUUGUCAAGGUCAGUAUGGAUGGAGCUCCUUAUCUGAGGAAGGUAGAUUUGAGAAUGUAUUCAACUUACCAGGAACUGUCUUCUGCUCUUGAGAAGAUGUUCAGCUGUUUCACCCUUGGUCAAUGUGGGGCUCAUGGUACUCCUGGGAAGGAAAUCUUGAGUGAGAGCAAGUUGAAGGAUCUUUUGCAUGGAUCGGAAUAUGUGCUUACAUACGAGGAUAAAGAUGGUGACUGGAUGCUGGUUGGGGAUGUUCCAUGGGAGAUGUUUAUUGAAACAUGCAGGAGGCUGAAAAUAAUGAAGAGUGCUGAUGCGAUCGGAUUAGCUCCUAAAGCAAUGGACAAGUCCAAGAAAGACUGUUAGAUAAAUUCUGAUGGCGAAAAUUGAAGCUGAAAAUUCCUUAUUGUGGAGUAAACUAAGAUAAUUGAGACCAGAAACUUGCAGGGUACCUGGUGCAGAAAGAAAAGUUCGUUUCAUAUUCCAAUCUCAUCCAUGUUGUGAUUGCACUUUAUGUUUGUCACAAGUUUAUGAUAAUUGUUUUAUCAAAAAAAAAAAAAAAAGAAUAGUGAUAAUAGGAGGCUUUAAUGUUUAGAUGUACCGAAUUUCGUUGGAUGUGUGUUUAAUCGUAAAAUUAUGUCUUGUUGAUGAGGUAUUUGGUAAAUGUUAUUCUCAUUUCAAAGAUACUGGUUUUAUCAAAA